UCUCUCUCUCUCUAAGGCCUCUCUCUCUUUAUAAGUUCUCUCUCUCUCUAUAAGUUCUCUCUCUCUUUCUCUCUCUUACUCUAGUAAAUCAUAUAUAGCAAUUAAUUGUGGUUUCAAAAGGAUAAACAUAUAUAUAUAAGAUCAAACUAAAUGGCAAGUGAGGGCACACUCACCUGUGUAGAGAUCCUACUUGCAAUCUUUCUCCCACCCCUUGGAGUUUUCCUUAAGUAUGAAUGCAAGGUUGAGUUCUGGAUCUGCUUGUUGCUGACCUUCCUCAUGUUCUUACCUGGAAUGAUCUAUGCCAUUUGGGUCAUCACCAAGUAA